GGUGAAGCCGCUUGGGGGGUGCAAAGUGGCGGGUGAGAGGCGAGGUGGAUGUGGCUUCGUGCUGCUGUGUCCUGUCUGGGGGUCCCGAGAGAGCUGGGCUCUGGUCUAGACCAAAGGAUGGGGUGUGAGAGAUGUAAAUAGGAUGUCUUGGCAGUUGAACCUGAGCACCCCCGCUAGGGGCGGGGACCAUUUCCUCUUCUCCCCAUCCUUUCCCGGGUUGCCCCCAGCGACCUUCGUCCUCGCUCAGAGUCCCACAGCUGCUGGCUGGAGCAACGGUGCCACCUAGUGGCGAGCGUCAGAGCGACCCGGGAUGUCACGGCGGGGACCCCAGCCUCCAGGAGGUGCUUCUGGAGGGAGGCUGGGGUGGCGAUUCAGCACCAGCGACAGCCGGACAGCGCCGCCACCCCUGGCCUUUGAACCCUGCUUCCAAGCCCCUAAGAAAGGAUUUCUUUUUCUGGCCCACCGUAAAGAAACUCCGAAAGUCUCUGGACCACGCCUAACAUUCCCAUACGGCCUCCAGUUUGCAAAGCCGGGAUCUGAGGGCUCACUGCUGCUCUCUCUCUACGCAUCUCUUUCCUGUUCGUGGUAGGACGCAAAGGCAUUCAGGGCUGCAGAGGUGAGAGUGACGUCUCUGAUUAUUCACGCUACAUCCAGACACCAGGUAAAGUUUUGCUAAAGAGGAGAGGAGCCAGGUAGUGCUGGCGCACACCUUUAAUCCCAGCACUUGGGAGGCAGAGACCGGAGGAUUUCUGAGUUCGAGGCCAGCCUGGUCUACAGAGUGAGUUCCAGGACAGCCUGGGCUACACAGGGAAAACCAAGUCUUGCAAAACAAACAAACAAACAAACAAAUAAACAAGAAACAAAAGAGGAGCCCCCAGAAGCGCUGGAAACAGAAUAGGUGAGUUUUUUGCACAUCUAGAAACCUGCACAUCGACCCGUGUGCAGACAGGGGUUAGGACACACACGGGACGGGCAGGAAGGCGCGUGGCUCCGGAGCGGAUUGACGAUCAGGAGCGGCGCGCGGCCCGACGGCGCUAGGACCGCACGGAAGGCCGGGGUGGGCGGGGCUUCGCGGUGCGCGCGCAGCCGCAGACGGCGGCCAGAUGGAGCCCGAACCCGAACCCGCGUCCGUGGAGGUCCCCGCGGGGCGUGUGCUCAGCGCCUCGGAGCUCCGCGCCGCGCGCUCGCGGUCCCAGAAGCUGCCCCAGCGGUCGCAUGGCCCCAAGGACUUCCUCCCGGACGGCUCGGAGGCCCAGGCGGAGCGGCUGCGCCUGUGUCGCCAGGAGUUGUGGCAGCUGCUGGCGGAGGAGCGCGUGGAGCGCCUGGGCAGCUUGGUGGCCGCGGAGUGGAGACCAGAAGAGGGCUUUGUGGAGUUGACGUCUCCUGCGGGGAAAUUCUGGCAGACCAUGGGCUACUCGGAGGAAGGACGGCAGCGGCUUCACCCCGAAGAGGCCUUGUAUCUGCUGGAGUGUGGUUCGAUUCAGCUCUUCUAUCAAGACCUACCACUGUCUAUCCAAGAGGCCUACCAGCUGCUGCUGACCGAGGACACCUUGAGUUUCCUGCAGUAUCAGGUCUUUAGCCACCUGAAGAGACUGGGCUAUGUGGUUCGUCGGUUCCAGCUAAGCGGCAGCCUGAGAGAAUGGACCCGUUGCCCGCCUCCUAUUCUUACCCACAGCUCUGUCGUGUCACCGUAUGAGCGGCAGCUUAACUUGGAUGGCUAUGCCCAGUGCCUGGAGGACGGGUCUGGUAAGAGGAAGAGGAGUCCCAGCUGUCGGUCUGUUCAUAAGAAGCCCAAGGCCCUGCAGAACUCCCCGCCACCCAUCAGCCUGGCAGCCUCCAGCCCACCUGCCUGUGACCAGAGUAGCCAAUACCCAGAGGAGAAGCCUCAGGACUCAAGCCCCGGGCAGGGCUCAGAGCUCCCCUUGCAGUUUCUGGGGUCCUCAGAGCCUUGCUCUGAUCUGGCCAGGGAACAUGUGGGGUGUGGCCAGGAGAGUGACAAAAUAGAGAAUGGAGCCGAGGGGACCCCUAAGCUACGCUGGAACUUUGAGCAGAUCUCAUUCCCCAAUAUGGCCUCAGAUAGUCGCCACACCCUCCUGCCUGCUCCAGCUCCAGAGCUGCUCCCGGCCAAUGUCAUUGGGCGGGGGACAGAUGCUGAGUCCUGGUGCCAAAAGCUGAACCAGCGGAGGGAGAAGCUCUCCCGGCGAGACCGGGAAAGGCAAGCAGAGUUCCAGCAGUUCCGGGAGGAUGUUAACGCAGAUCCCGAGGUGCAGGGCUGCUCCAGCUGGCGGGAGUACAAGGACCUGCUGCAGAGGCGACAGAUGCAGGAGAGCCAGCCCCGGCCUCCACACCUGUGGGGCCAGUCUGUUACCCCCUUGCUCAACCCUGAUAAACCUCAUUCUCCAGCCGAGGUCCUGCAACGCAUCUCUGUACUGCAGACAACACACCUUGCUGAUGGAGGUUACCGGCUGCUAGAGAAGUCCGGAGGCUUGGAGAUCAGCUUCGAUGUUUACCAGGCUGACGCUGUGGCUACGUUCCGAAAAAACAACCCCGGCAAACCCUAUGUGCGAAUGUGCAUUAGUGGGUUCGAUGAACCUGUCCCAGACCUCUGCAGCCUCAAGCGCUUGACCUACCAGAGCGGGGACGUUCCCCUGAUCUUUGCUGUAGUGGAUCACGGUGACAUCUCCUUCUACAGCUUCAGAGACUUCACACUGCCCAGGGACCUGGGGCACUGAAUACAGCUCUGAGGAUGACUUUCUCUGGGGGACCUGGACUGCUCUCAGGGACUGUGUCAGCUGUCUCUCAUACAGAACUCACCUGGAACUGUCCAGGCCAUUGGGGUCUAUGGUCCUGGGUGUCUUUUGUUUGUAGGGAAGCGCACGCCCUCUUGCCUGGCUAUUGUGCUUUCAAGCCCACUGCCUGGAAGUGCUGCCUGGCGGUGACCUGCCCUUGGAACUCAGGACUUGUUUUCAGAGGCCCAGGAGUUGGGUUAGAAGAGAGGACUCUGUGCCUUUAUUCAAGGGGGUGCCUGCUUCGUGCCAUAAAGCCAAAGCCAUUAAAAAAAAAAAUAUUUUCUGCUGUGGUUGAAUAUA